AUCGCCCUGUCCAGGAAUCGAAACCACAAUCUUACGAUCAUGAUGCUGACACCCUAACCACUAAGCCGCGCGCCUCCACAUAAUCUGAAAUGAAAGUGGGAGCCGCCAGAAAUCGCUAUCAACCUAUUCUCUACUAAACCGAACGUAAUUUCAAGUAAAUGGGAAAUCGCUGAAUGGGAUAAUGUGAAAUCUCUACACCGAUACUGUUUGUCGAAAGUAUAUCUAGAGUUAGUUCCCCUGUCGGUUUCCUGCUUUUGUUUCAGGUGCUUGAUUAGUUCUGCUUUACAACUCUAAUUAAACGGGCUCUAAUUAAAUAUAAAUGGUAAUUAUCUGUGUAAAGUAAUAUCUAAAUCACAGUGAAUAAUGUAACUUAUUUUACUCUUAAUCUAUAUUAUUAUUAUUUAAGUAUUAUUUAUAUGCUGACACACGGAGCGACUCCUUCAACAUAUUGUGAUAUCUUCAUAAAGAGGAUCGAAAACAUCAGAUGACAUUGACUGAAGAGAAUUCUUAACUUCUGAUACACCAUUCCUAUCAUUGUAUCAUGCUUAAAGGAAGAUGUAACCUUCUUUAUGUAAAUCUUUCAGGAAUUACUGUAAACUAUUUCUUCUGAACUGGGAUUAAUAGGAAUAUUUCUCAGCUUCACUGUGUGGAAUGGGUGCAAGUUCUAUAUUCUAAUUAGCCUUGGAUAAAUCUACACAUAGGAGUUCACAGCAUCUUCAGAUAGAAACAAAGAUCUGUUGGUGGAAAUACACCAGAGACGUAUUCCUUGUGAUUAAAAAUUAUAUAUAUAAAACAAGAAAAUGACAGCAAGACUACAUGAUAGUGGUGUCGUACAAGCGUGCAGACCAUCAUAUAACUUUUGACAUUGCAUAUUUUUUUCUUCUACUCUUCCGUUUUAUGAAUUCAGUGUGCAUGUGCACAUUGCGUGUUCAUACUUUUCUUUCUGGUUCCCAUUCAAAACUGUUUACAGAUUACAACCGUCUCAUGAACCUGCGGCUGUGAGGAGUGCUUUGUGCUCCAGUGAUUGUAUAAAAAGGAAAUACUCCCUUAAUAUCCAUGUUUUCUGGUGAUAGAGGAAGAACCGUAGAAAAAUAAUUUUGUGAAAAACUGAGAGGAUUUAUAUUUUUUUCUUGAGAGAUGCCAAAAUUAACAGGAAAGUCAUUAUAUGACUGUGAUAUUUGUAAAAAGUCCUUCUCUCAAAAGUGUGAUCUCAAAACUCACAGACGCAUUCACACAGGAGAGAAGCCAUAUCAUUGUGAUGUCUGUGGUAAAUCCUUCCCAAAAAGUGAUGCCUUAACAAGACAUGUACGCAUUCAUACAGGAGAGAAACCCCAUCACUGUGAUAUCUGUGGUAAAUCAUUCUCUGUAAGUGGUGCUUUAACUAGACACAAACGUACUCAUACAGGGGACAAACCGUAUCACUGUGACAGCUGUGAUAAAUCAUUUGCUGGAAGUAGUGAUUUGACUAAACACAAACGCAUUCAUACAGGAGACAAACCAUAUCACUGUGAUAUCUGUGGUAAAUCGUUUGCUGAAUGUGGUGCUUUAACAAGACACAAACGUACUCAUACAGGAGAGAAACCAUAUCACUGUGAUAUUUGUGGUAGGACAUUUUCUCAAAGCAAUUUCUUAACAAGACACAAGUGCAUUCAUACAGGAUAGAAACCAUAUCCCUGUGAUGUCUAUGGUGCUUCAUUAUCUGAUAGAGCUUUUCUGAAAUUAACACAAACACGUUCAUACAGAUAAGAAACCACAAUCUGUGCAGUAUUUGUGAGAGAUCAUUCUCUUGUGGUGAUUUAGCUAAACAAACAUUUUCAGAAGAAAUGCUAAUGCCAAGAUCCAUCUAUUCAUCAUUCCUCUCUGUCCCUACCCCUGGAACAAUCAUCUCCUCUAUAGGGUCCUAUCUAAUCCAAUCAUCAUUAGACAUUCUGGCAGGAUUCUGAAGUAUGACCAACUUGGUCUAUGGAUAUCAUCCAACCAACUUCGUUUUGGUAUUAUCCUAAGUCUCCUACCAUUUCUUGCAGUCCUUUCUUGUGACAUCCUAAUCACAAAUUUAUUGAACCUGAGCUAUGACUUCUCAAUGUGGAAAACGCGUAUCUUAAUCUGGAGAGACUCACUCAUCUCGAAAGCAUGCACCCUGCUGAGUACUGUUACUCCAGAGAUCUUUUGGAGUAAUCCCAACUUCAGUUGCUUGUAUUCAUAAUUGUGCACUUUUAGUCAUUAACCAAUAUUCCUGACAUAGGUGUGAAUAGACAUGAAAACUAAAUUCAAGGUGUGUGUGUGUGCGUACAUGUCAUCAUCCUUUCACACUUUUCCAUGCUUGUGUGAAGUAGAUUUUCUACGGGCGGAUGCCCUUCCUAUCACCAACCCCCAUAUUUCCAAGCAAGGAAAUAUUUCCCCAUAACCAGACAUGUUUCUCACACAAGAUUGGAGACAAACCACCUUGAUUGUAUGAUGAUUAUGCCCAUUUAAAAACAGCACAUAUGGAGAUAAAUGUAUACACAAUAAAACAUAUAUUUAUACACACAUUUUCAUGUAUAUAUAAACAUAUAUAUUCGUAUAUUAUGUAGAUAAGGCUAAAAUCGAAUCUGUGUCCUCUUGAAGCACAUCUGCUCAUUUCAGUAUUCCAAAUUUGUAUGUAGAUGUUAUAUUUACAUGAGGUAUGCAUAAGAGUUGAAAAUAUUUUCUGCAGAGUAAUGUCAUCAAAACAGAAGACUGGAACUUUUUUUUUUUUUGGUAUUAGUUUCAAAAGCUUGCUCAAAAUCCAGAGAUUAUGGCUACCAAAAAGAAAUAUAUAGCUGUUGGAGUCCAGGCAGAUUUUGAAAUUUUGUUCAACAAAUUCGCAAAAUGUAAACCUUUAAAUUUUGUGGAAUUUGCAAAAGUUUGGCGCAAAAUGAAAAUGUCUAUGAUAUGUAUGGGGCGUCAGACAGAGAAUGAAGCGAAAUUGUUGAUAGAAGAAUGUCUAUGGAUCACACUGAAUUACUUCCGUGCUCCGUACAAUUUUGAGGUAAAAACUGGUGCCUUUUUCCUGCUCUAUGGCUUGUACUCAACUCAAUUCUUUGUGCCUAAAGUCAGGAUCAGGUGUACCCUAAACAACUGGGAAGAACUGAACUGUUUCAUCAAGGAUGCCAUGUCUAAAAAGAUGACUGAUGUUGAAUUUAUCUUCCAUCGACUGUGUGUUAUGAAAGCCUUCAUUUACGUUGCUUCACCAAACAAUGUAAGUAUUCACACAACACUCAUUUCCUCUCUGUACAUCUAUCUGCAUAUGCAUGUUCCUCUUUCUGUUGGCCUAUCUUCUAUCUCUCUACAUCUGUAUUUUUCUGUGUUUGUCUGUCUGUAGCAAGACAGGAAAGAUCUAUCUUGUUUCUGUGUCAUACUUCAUUUAUGCUGUGGAUGAUUUCAGCCAAUCAGAGCUGGAGGUAUAUGAAUAAAGCGGCAGUGAUCUGCCUUAAAUAGAGGAACUCACUACAGCAGCAAAGUGGCAGUUAGAAACUAGUUGUUGAUU